CUACGACCAAAGGCCAGCUCUGUUUUAGACUCUUCGUUAUUUACUACGUAUAAAGUUCAACGAUAGUAAAGAUGAAGGUCACUUUUGUUGUAAUUGCCCUGGUGGCCAUGCUGGCCAUUACUGAAUCACUGACUUUCAGACGUCGGUCGCUCUCUGAAGAAGAUGAGAUGGAAGAGGUCAUUCGAGCCACUUGCCUUGUUCCUCUAAACCUUUCGCCCGAGGAAUCGGCCGCGAUGGAGAAAAUUUUGGAAAUGCAAGAUACCGAAGACAUGCCUUCAGCUGACAGCGAAGAGGAGCUCGACAAAUUUCUUGAGCAAGUGACGCCCAAUAAGGCCGUGGCGGAUUCCCUCAAGCCGAAAAUUGUCGCCUUCGUUAUGUGCGUUACAAGUGAAUUCCUCAAGGCUCUCGGGAAUUAGAGAGAAAAGCUUCUCCGGAUCAGGAUCUAACCUUGUGAAAAUUAAA